AUGGGGAGGGAAGCAUUCUGUUUCAUGAGCCCUCGGCUCCUACAAAAAUUGACAGUAACCAAAGUUAACUACUCAACCUUCACUGACUUCGAUGGGGACGCUCAUUGCCCUAUGCAGAAGAGGCAGGGGAAGCGUGACUUCAGCGCUAAUCCGAGAGACUUCGCCUACUCACGGCGUGAGCCUCCAGUGCCUCGAACUAAAACUCCGUCUCUUGGGCAAGCGAGUGAGCCCAGGGCCAGUCUCGGGCGGGCAGAAGGCCCUGCCCAGCCGCACGCGGAGGUCGAAUGGCGCAGCUUCGGCACAGACUACAAACAAGCGGUUACAGUCACAGAUGACGAGGUGAGAACGUUGAGAAAGGACACCCAAGCCUCUUCCCCUGCCUGGCGGGAGGAGGGAAGGAGCAGGAAGCCCAUCCACCCAGCGAGGCUGGGGAAGGGAAGGUUCCUGCAGCAGGAGCACCCCGCCAGACCGACGGCGAGUCCCAGCCCAGGGGCUGCGAUGCGACAGCGGCGAGGGAGCAGCUGCCAGAGGCCGAUGAGGACGCACCGGCUCCCCUCACACGGGGCUAAACACGGCCCGGGAGCGCGGCAGAGCUUCAGCGGGCGCCUUGCCAGGGGGCAGCCAGGGACGGCAGGGCCUGGCCCGCGGGAGGUUUGCCAAGGGGAAGGCAGCUGGCGAAAGCCGCAGCUGAUAACAAAUCAGACGCAAACAGAAUCUUUAUCUUCAUCUCCCAACGCUGUGUCCCCGGUGCCAUUAUAUCAUCUGACCAGUGCUCCAAGGUUUGGAACAGUUACUCCAAAUCGCAUCUUUGUAGGAGGAAUUGAUUUUAAGACUAAUGAAAGUGAUCUGAGGAAGUUUUUUACUCAGUAUGGCAGCGUGAAAGAAGUGAAGAUAGUAAAUGACAGAGCUGGAGUAUCAAAGGGGUACGGCUUCAUUACUUUUGAAACGCAAGAAGAUGCACAGAAGAUUUUACAAGAGGCUAGAAGACUUAAUUAUAAGGAUAAGAAGUUGAAUAUUGGUCCAGCAAUAAGAAAACAACAAAUACGGAGUCCUCGUUCUGCUGUAAUACCAGAAGCUGGUACAAUGUACUUAACUACUUCAAGUGGAUAUCCUUAUAUUUACCAUAAUGGAGUGGCUUAUUUUCAUACGUCUGAAGUUGCUUCUGUUUCACAGCCAUGGCCAUCGCGCUCUGUUUCCAGUUCACCUGUGAUGGUAGCUCAACCGGUUUAUCAGUCUCCUACAUACCAUUACCAGGCACCACCACAGUGUCUCCCAAGUCAGUGGCAGUGGUCUGUUCCACAGUCUCCUGCCUCUUCACCUUCCUUCUUGUAUGUGCAACCAUCUGAAGUCAUUUAUCAGCCAGUAGGGGUUACCCAGGAAAGUGGAUGUGUACCUCCUCCUCUCCUAGUGGAAGCUGCGGUUCCUGAGCUGUGUUCUGAUCAUGGAGUUCAAGCACCACAUCACCAGCCUUAUGCCCAGAGUGCCGUAGCCAUGCCUGCACCUCUAAAAGAGCAGCACUAUGGAGCAUUCACUAUUAAGGCAUUUGGGCAGCUCUAGUCUACCUGUACCAAUUUCUUGUCCAGUCCUUCCCACGUGGCUGAGAUCCAUCAUCAACAUACCAGCUAG